GAGCAUUCCAAAAACAACACACAAUGAUCUUUUAUUCUCCCUACGCUACACCACUUUCAAAACACGCGCCAAAAUCGCGCACUUUCAAAACGCGCGCCCAAAAACAUUAAACCGGUCACACUAAUAUACCGAUAGUCGACUACCAUCGCUAUAUCUCGUGACCCGAUAACGAGUUAUCGAGAUCGGGAUUCUCGUCAUCGACCACUCUGGGCACACUCAACGGGGCCUAUAUAAGCAGAGGCAAGACCCCAGAUGAGUCACUUGCGUUCCGACGAUCUUCGAGGAAACAUCAGCAACAAGAAACCAAGUAGAUCUCUCCCAACGACCCAGAACACUUCGACCCGACGUACGCACGACGAAGCAGUUCAUAACUCGGCCCAUCCGCAGCGCCGAUACUCGCAGCAAGCAGUCCAUCACUCGGCCCAUCCGCAGCGCCGACACUCGCAGCAAGCAGUUCAUCACUCGGCCCAUCCGCAGCGCCGACACUCACAGCAAGCAGUUCACCACUCGGCCCAUUCGCAGCGCCGACAGCAAGCAGUCCAUCACUCGGCUCUUCCGAAGCGCCGGAUCGACAGAACAAGCAGUCCCGACGCAUCUACACACAACUACACGAUUAUACGAUUACUUUGAAAUACACGUCUCUAGUUUUACCCAUCUGUGUCAUUAUUGGGGAAAGGGAGGUAAACCGAUCUAUAGAGGAAUAAAUAUAAAUAUCUGUCACGAACCCUGACCACGGCGAGCUAUACCGCCUCCCAAAACAGG